CUUUUUUCGGAGGAAAACAAAGCCAGUUAACAUUGGAAGUCAGUAAAUUAGCAUUGGAAAUCAGUGCCGUAUUUGAGAAUUCUAACUGUACAUCGGACCAACACAGCAAAGUCCAAUAGUGCGGACCGUGUGAAAACAAAUAUAUCUUCAACGACUGCUCUGUCUCUGUUCCUUUUGGCAGUGGCAAGUUUGAAGGUCCAUCAGCUCUCCUAAUGAUACAGCAGCAUUAAGGGCAUUUCCAUACUUCCUAAGGAUGGCUAGUUGUGGGGAAGUAGACCACUCUGUUAACUCACUUCCAUCCAGUAAGAAAGGCAGCAACAGUGGUGGUGGAAGUGGGAACAGUGCAGAAUCAUCAUGCUCUGGCUCCAGCAACUCAUCCCCGGCCCUGUCUGUACCGGAGUGUGCCAUCUGUCUGCAGAGCUGCGUCCACCCGGUCCAACUGCCAUGCCAUCACGUCUUCUGUUUCCUGUGUGUGAAGGGAGCGUCCUGGCAGAGCAAACGCUGUGCCCUCUGCAGACAGGAAGUACCGGAUGACUUCCUGGAAAGGCCCACGCUUCUCUCUCCAGAGGAGCUGAAAGCAUCAGCGGGUGGUCGGGGCGGGGCUGCAAGUGAUCACGCCUGGUAUUAUGAGGGUCGAAAUGGUUGGUGGCAGUAUGAUGAGCGAACCAGCCGAGAGCUGGAGGACGCUUUCUCCAAGGGCAAGAAAACAGCUGAAAUGCUCAUUGCUGGUUUUUUGUAUGUAGCCGACUUGGAAAACAUGGUGCAGUACAGGCGCAAUGAGCACGGUCGCAGGCGCAAGAUGAAGAGAGACGUUUUGGAUAUCCCCAAGAAGGGAGUGGCGGGACUACGUUUGGACACUGAAGGUGUUUCCGGGGCAGUCGGGGCAGCUGGUCGAGAAAACUCUGCUGAUGGGGCUGAUACCACAGUAGCAGGUGUACAGCAGCAGCCUACAGGUAUCCCAUCUACUGUUACAGCCCCUCCAGCCACUGCCAGACCUCCCACCUCCCUUGGUGGUCAGCCUGGCAGCAGCAGCAGCCCCACUCUGGAGGAUGCUCUCUCCCAGCUGCAAAUUAGCCUCAGGCCCACGCCUUCUCACGAGCGGGCUGAGGCCGGGGAAGGAGAGGAAGAAGACGAGGAAGAGGAGGCCUCACCCUCCAGGUCCUCUGACCCUCACACCUCUGUGGACGAGUCUGGCUCCGGAGACUGGAGCGAUGAUGAGGAAGAGGAGGAUGAAGAAGAGGAGGGGGGAGAUGGAGAGCAUGUGGAGCCAUGGGAGGGUAGGCCACGGAGGCAAAGACUGAAUCCAGAGGACCGAGCCCCUCCUGGCGCAGAGUCCGCCUCCCCCCCUUCUUCAUCCAGUAGCAGUGGAAGGUCCAGGAUGCCCGAUGGCCAAUGUACAGUGACUGAAGUGUGAAGUCAUCAUGGAUGUCCUCAUCACCAAAUGGCUAUGUUCCAUUUCAUUAAUUUAUUCCUCACUGUAUGCUGUUGUUCACUCUAUCAUGGAUCAGAUGUGGGCAGACUGCUUGAUACAAGAGAAAUCAAGCGUAACAUUCUCCCAUGUUUUUAGGUAAACAACUCAAUUUUAGCAAUCAAAUUUGGUGCCUCUUUUGGGCUCACAAUGACCUGGAUGUAUCUGUAUGAUUUGUUUAUCUAACUCAUCCACAAAAUAGCCAGCCAAUAGAAGCAAUGUUGGGUUUUAUGUUCUAGCCCUUAACAGUCUAGCACUGAGACAGGAGGUACAGUUUGAUAAACAGCCAGAUGGAUACAGCUUGUUGUUGUGAGCCGUGAAAACUCAGAAUUGUCUAUCCAGAGCAUCACGUGAGGUAGGUGUGUCAGACUUAUUGUGGUGUUCAGCUGCCAUCAGUCUGCUCACUUUCUGCCAUUUGGUUGCAGGCGCAUUGAGUCUGUUCUUUUUAAUUUCCAAAAAAGUGGAAGUUAAACGGUAAAAGUGACUCGCCAAGCCGUCUGUCCCUCUCUAAGGUAUUCUUGUGUUGAAAUUUCUGAUCCUGCUACCCAGAGGGUUUCUGGGAGUCAGAUCUGUGACAUUAGAGAGAAAGCAUGACUGGGGAUGUUACUCCUGGAAAUGGAACUGUGUCUUUAUCAUUAUGAACGGCUGCAUUCUAAUCAUCUACACUUUAACUCUCUCAGCUAACAUAGCACGCAGAAAUGGACCUGUUAGAGCUCAGGUCAUUUGACUACUCUUGCAAAGAAUUGAAUCCUUGCUAACUUGUUCCCAGCCUUUCCCCUCUGAAAUGAGUUCCUGACUUCAGAUUUAACUGAUCAUGAAGCUUUUCCUUCAAAAUUCUGAAGUGUAACUGUUAACUUUUGGAAGUGUGUCAUUUCAGAGCAGAUUGUGGUUUCUUAUCCAGAUAAAGAAAAGACACAGAAGUGCUUACUGACACUGUUAAGGCAUGUGUGUAUUUAAAUUUCACACUAAAUGUGCUACAACAUAGUAAUGUAACUCAGGAGCCCAUAGGAUCAUGUGGCUCCAUGCCUAAGGGUUUGUGUUUUGAUUUCCAUUAAGCUGCAGCUUUCUGAAAUUUGAAAAUCUGUAGAGAUUACAUCUACAGUUCAAAAUGAAUGCGUGUAAUAGAAGUACAUAUCAAGUUUAUUUUAACCUUCCCCAGCUUUAAAUAAUUGGCAUUUUAAUGUGAAGUAUCAGUGUUUUCCUUUUAAAGCUGUUGAGGCCUCUGUAGCCUAGUGAGUAUUCAUAUUGUCCCUGACUGAAGUAUUCUCAAUUGGUGUGUUUCUAAAGUUUUGUCAUUUGUGCAUGUUUGAAGAGAGAGUUAUUUAAACACUACUGGUUGGCAGGAUGUUGAGAACUGGUAUUUUUGGGUUUAGUUUGAGUACAUGUUUUUAAUUUGUGUUUGUUUUUGUGUUUUAUGGUUGUAAAUCCUCUUGUGUACGAUGUCUGAGGCACUAAGAGAACAAGAACAUACCGUUGCUGUUGGCCAUCCUGCAGAGAUUCAAGUUAUGUUAUUUUUAUAUUUCUUACAUGCUUACGUCAUCAGCUCAGUCUUAGACUUUCCAUUCUGACGAAUAAAGUUUGUGUAACAGUU